AUGUUUAGUAGUGGUAGCUCCACAAUGAUGAUUGAUCAGCAACAACCGCAACAAUUAAAGCAACAACAUACUAGACCAUCAACUUCAUAUAUAACAUCAGAUGGCAAGUCAUCCUACUUCUUUGACGACAAUGAACUGUUCCUAUUUGAAUGCGCCACAGGCUACCGUCUCACAACAUGGUGCUUCGUUGACAAUCAACGCGAGAUGAUGGUCAAGACAGUGUCAGAGUUCAAACAUGAUGGCAUUAUAUACUUGUUGGCGGCUGUGUCUGAUGGACAUUCGUCGCAGUUGAAGCUGUUGGAUUGCCAGAUUGGAGGCACAUUGUUGUCGAUAGAGAUACAGGGCGUGAUCUCAUUCAUUAGACAGUUGGACAACAACUCAUCGGUAGCAGUCACUGCUUCGUCCUGCUCAACGCCAGACUUUGUCUCGCGACUCAGAUGCCCAGUGGCCAUCGGCACUCAAUCAUCGGCCCAGACCAUCCUCAUAGAUCUAUGCUUCAAUCGCAUCAUAUUCAACAACAACAGUAACAGCAUCAACAAUAGGACGACGUCAAUAGGUAGUGUUCAUUCACUGUUUCAGUUGGACCCAGCCACGUACGACGCCAAUCAAUUCUGGCAGCAGGCCAACAACAGCACGCUGAUACCUUCAGUGGUCCUGCCCCAGUCUGGCGAAGUGGAGCAUGGCAACAACCCAUCGUUUAGAUACCCGGUCGACGCGCAGACUCAGGGCCUGGUGGUGAACGCCCGCGACCCCCACUCACACGUGCAGACGUCGCGCAUGGCCAACGUCUCGGUGACGGCCAUCGCCUACUUCCAGCCGCUCAACACACUGGCCGUCGGCUACAGCAAUGGCUGCUUCCAGCUGUUCUCCAGCGAAACUCUGCGCCCAGUCUACAGCUCGGCGCUCAAGGACUAUCGCAGCCCCGUCACACAGUUCCUCUUCCAGGACCUGGAGGACGACGCGGCCGGCUGCAUGGCCUACCUCUGGGUUGGACGAGAUCACCUGGCACCAUCCAUUGUAUUAUACAAGCUGAUCUUUAGCAACUCGUCAGCGGUGGCCUCUAAGAGCAUGGGCUCGCUGCAGGACGUGGAGAACCUCCAUCUCGACGUGGUGACAUCGGCAAGCGAGCGCGAAUCGGCCGAGCAGACAGGCAAACUCCUGUACAUGGGCUAUCUGCACGAGAACCACAACAUCUCGGAGGACGCAAGCCUCCCUCGUUCCGUCUCCAUCUUUGUCUUCCGUCUGGACGACUCCCCUCGCAGCUCCUCUCUCCACAUCAGCAUCUUUGACCUAAACACAUUCGAGCGUGUCGACAACAAUCCAUCAUUCCGCAAUAGAUACCUAAUUCAUCUAACAGAUACAUCGAUCAAUUGUUCAUUCAAUGCAUUCUGGCUUAACCAGACAUCAGUGUCGCGAAGGAUAUUCGAGGAGAAAGAGGAAAAUGCGCCAUUGUUGGCCAUCGAUCAUCCCAGCUUCAGCAUGACGUUGCUGACCGAUGUCUCCAUAUGUACAUACGACUACCAAAACCCACAGGAGCGUGCCAUCGGCCUGAUGGCCAAGGGUGGGUCGCCCGUCUUUGCUGCGCCACAACAGCUCUACCAGCGCUUCCUCGACGUCGGCAUCUUCACCACCGCCAAGUCCGACCCGGUGCAGCAGAGGAACGACCUCAUUCUCUUUGCCCUGGACAACAACUUGUUCUCAUUAGUCAUUGAUUAUGUCCAAGAUAGCCAACAAUCACGAGACAUUGAGGGUAUCAUCCAGGUCAAGUACUUCCUCGUCAAUCCAAAGCCAGUGUUGGAGUUGGCAUGGGACUACUUUGUUAAACUCGACAAUGGAUAUGAUGUUGUCGAGGUGUUCACAUCAACUGCCGCGGACAACGCAUCUGCGAGACUGCAGAUCAAGCUCGAGUCGACUUACGUUCGCAUGCUGGACGUGUUUGCUGUGUUUGAAUGCCUGUGCGAGCGAUACAUGGCCGAGAGCAAGACAAAGCAGGUCACGCCACAUCUGCAAAGCAAGUACGAUGCAGUGCGCAUGUCCAUACAAUACCUCGAGAUCAUCAAGUGGGCCUCCUCCAAGGGUCUCUUCCGCCAAGAUGUUAUAGCGCGUAUGGAGCUGAUGCCAUCCAAGGUGACGGCCAACGAGCGUCAACAACUGAGGGAGACCAUGGCUGCCUCCAACCUGCGUCCAGCAGCCGGCGACAUUCAGACCGAUGACGGUCUACUCAUCGAUAUACUCUACCAACGACUCAACCUCAAUGAGUCCUACCCGCCCACGUCAAGCCUUCAGCUGAAGCACUUCUUUGAUCUAUUCAAGAACCCAGCCAUGAAGAUCAACAGGCUGAUCGAAAUAGUCUACUACAUCCUCUUGGACUUGACUGUUGUGGAUAUCGUGCCAUAUGAAGUCCUUCAGUCGUUUGAAUCCACAUUCUAUUUGUCGCCAUGGAGCACCAACUUUGUCCAAGGCAUCUGGGAGUUGGACUCAGCGCCAUUGAUGGAGGGCGACGUAAUGGUCUCGAUGCACACAUCUCUCCACCAUCUCAACCACUCAAAGAAGGCCAAGAGGUACGCCUACCACAUCCUCUCGCGCUUCUACAUCUACAAGGCACAUCGUUGCGCCAUCAUGUUCAUGAAGAGCAUAGGCUUUGAGCCCAAGGACAUCAAGGAAGCCGUCCUGGCGAUGAGGAUCCUCCUGGCCAACGGAUGCCUGGUCGAGGCAUUCCUGUUGGAGCGCGCCUUCCGAAGCAGGUUCCCCACGCUCCCUCUGACACAGACCGAGCAGCUCGCCACACUGUUGUUUGAUCACUGCAAGAAGGAACGCAAGCUGGACAAGGUGAUGGAGAUGCACCUCGAUGACUUUGAGGACCAAUGCUUUGUCCACUACCUGUACACAAUCAAUGCCGCCGCACUCGUGCCAUUGUACAUGGUGCGCAGAGGUCGCAUUGCAGAGGGCUGCAGCGUCCAGCACCAGCUGGGCAGCGCCGCUGGCUUUGACUCGAUCAGACACUUUAUUGGCAGCGUGGAGCAGUCACUGCCCAAGCAACAACAGUUUAGCGAUCGCGAGAGUCAACAGCAGCAACAACAACAAUCAUCUGCUGCUGAGGACAUUCCAGACUUGCCUCGUUCAGUGAUGAGAAUGCAACAGAGACAACAGCAACAACAACAACCACAACAGCAACAAGCAAAGUCAUUCAUGUAUCCACCAAGGAUAUUGGAGAAGCCAAUCACCAAGCUAUACAACGACACUCUGGACUUUGCCGCCAAGGGCCUGGAUACAGACACAUUCAGGGGCUUCGAGAUCCCCAACGUCCAGAUGAAGGAUUAUCCACCCGCUCCACCCUACGAAGAGGAGAUGGACUACCAGCAGCAUCAGCAACAGCAACAGCAACAACAGCAACAACUACACGAGCAGAUGGAAGACGACGACAAUAUCACCUUGGACACGGACAUGGUCUACAACCCACCCGCCGACAGCUACAUGGAUUACAUCAUGCCGCUGGCAGAUACAGUGGCGCACGCUGAGUCUCAACAUGUUGAUGAGCCAGCCCAGUUCCGAACACCACCCAACGACAGUGACGAGGAGCAAGACCGCUCGUCAUCCAUCACCUCCCAGGAUGACAGCAAUGGAACCUCGUCACCCAUAAUCAUGCGACCACUCAAGUCGGCGAUGAAGGUUCAGGGCACGCCAUCCAAGAAGAAGAAUGUCAACUUCCAAGAGGACAACAAUAGCAUAAGGUGGAUUGAGGCCCUAGAGAAGAAGGAGGUUGAGGACUACGGUGAGGACGAGUAUGAAGAAGAGGAUGACUUUGAUGGCGAAGAGGGCGAGGAGGACGAGGAUGACGACACAUAUAAUAUCGGCAGCGGCUACAACUACAGCAACAACAUGCAAAUGAUGGACGACUUUGAUGACGACAACUCUGAAGAGGAUGAGGACGCUGUCUAUGACGAAGACGACGAUAUGAUCAUUCACAACGACGUCCCCAACGAGCCACCUUCGUACCUCAAGAAAAUAUGGUCCAGCGGUUCGGACGAGGAAGAAGAGGAAGCGGAAGAAGACGACGACGAUAUAGGCUACGAUCAGGAUGGAGGCUACGGUGGAUCUGAUGACCAAGAACUACUUACCAAUGGCACAGAGGACCAGCCCAUCUCCUUGGACUCUGACGACGACGAUGAUACUAGCGCCAAACCAAUGACCACUGCACCUCCAUCACAAGCUCAAAAGAAGCCAGCACUAAGGUUCAAGGAUGACUUUGAGGACGACGACGAGGACAGCGACUUUGAGGACUAUGACGAAGAUGAGGAGCCUGUCGAGCCACUGGUCAUGACAUCAGAGGAAGAAGAUGAGGAAGAGGAGCAAAGAGUUACAUCAAGAGUCAAAGAGAUCGAAGAGGAUGAAGACAUGGGACAACAGCAACAACAACAAGGAGGUGAUGGUGGCGAGCAUGAAGGUGAUACAGAGCAAGAGGAAGAAGAAGAAGAAGGAGUAGAGAAAGGCCAGACAUUGGAGUUGCACUACGAUGAAGAGCCAUCUCCUGACAGCUCUCAACCAAAGAUCCUCAAUAUCGUUACUGAGAUGCCACCCGAUGUGAAGCCAGAGGACAACAACGAAGAACACGAGGCUGAUCAAGACACCGACGAGCAAGUGGAAGAUGAAGUAGAAGCAACUGAACAGACAGCAAAGCGAGUAACUGAGAUGGACGAAAGUGGUGAUGCUGGUGAUGAACCAGCAGCCAAGCAGGAAGAUGAUCCAGAGCAAGAGCAAGAGGAAUCGUCGACGCCAUCCACAGAAGAAGAAGAAGACGAGCAAGAAGAAGACGAACAGGACCGACCCAAGGCAUCGACCAAAGGGAAGCGCAAGAAGAAGGUCAGGGCCAGCAGAGGCCAAUAA